AUGCUGCUACUAUCUCUCUUCAACCCAAGACCUACGGGGCCAGCAGCGUCUCCUUCAAAGGAUGCCCUUCCAGCAGCACCUUCAAACGGUGCCAGUCCAACAGCGCCUCCUUCGAACGUCGUGAGUCCAACAGCACCUCCUUCAAACGAUGCCAGCCCCGCAACACCUCCUCCGAACGACGCGAGAAAAAGCAAAGAAAAGGUCGACCCAAGAACGCUAGCCAAGCGCCAGAAAGCAGCGACACAGCUUGGAAAACAACUCGGUAUCUUUACCGCAUACUGUCGUCGACUGGACCAUUUGCUUCAACAUGCAUCUCCGUCCUCGGAUGUAGCUGACAAUGACGCAUUCAAGAAACUCCGAAGUACUUGGGCAAAAGAGAUGAGAGCAGCUGGUAGGGCAUGCAACGCCGUUCAAGAAUAUUGGUCUGGUUGGUACGGGCACUGGGGAAACACUUUGUGGCUAUGCAUUGAAAAAUGGUCCCGCCACAUGGUGCCACCCGCGGACGGGUUCAACCUAGAAGACAUUUGUAAGGACUGUGGAAACAUCAACGGUCAGAGUUCACCUCACGACUUCGUUGAUGUGGAAGCGUUCCGUUCCGAGCUGCAGCGCAGGCUUUCGUACGCAUACCCGGAUCUGUACGCCAAAGAUGGAGAGGCGAAGUCUGCCAAAAAUGAGCACGAGCGGCUGAAGUCCGACAUCACGUUCUUGCUCACAAUAGCAGGAUUUGUUGAGGUCGAGGAGGAUUUAGAGGAGGAUACUAAGCGCAGAAUUUUGCGAAAUGCGCGACCGUGGCUUGCUGCUCUGACAACUAUCGCUGCAGCAGGCGCCCUCGCAUUUGCGGUCGGGACAGCUGCUGUUCCAGUCGCUCAACUCAUCCAUCGAGUCAUUGGGGGAGGCGAAGCUCAGAUUCAGGGUGUGCAGCCGGCACAAGCUGCUCAAAUACGAGUGACGAUCUCGGUCACGAACACAAAGGCACUUAUGAAGCAAGUCACUGAUUCGUCCGUCAAACCGACCCUCGCUUUCUUUCUCUUGGUGAGGAAACUGUACGAAAAGCAUGUGAAACUUUUAGGAUUACCCAUGCAAGAUGCAGUCGAUCAGAUAGACGACAAGAUAGCGGACCUUAUCCGAGGCCGCAAAGAGCAGUGGCGUGUGCUGCUGCAUCGGCGCCAAGAGAUCGUCUUGUGUCUCCGUAAAUGGCCUACAAGAAGCAUACCCCCGCUGCCUCGCGCUGGCGAUCGAAAACCCCAGGUGGAUGUCAACACGAGGGUCUCAGCGAGUUGGUACGCUCAUCCCAACCUUCGACAUAUCCUAGAGCCGAUACAGCUCAACAGUGUUUACCCCAAAGGACUGCUUCUUUACUAUUUACACGGCGCCUCCGGCGUGGGAAAGACGCAGUUCUGCAUCGACCUUGCUGACACUUUCGGGCUUCCGGGCUGUAGCCCUGAGCUGAACGAGACAGAUCUUCCCAGCUUCUUCAAGCAACCUUCCCAAAAUCUGGAAAGCUGGUCGGAUCCUCAAGUCAGCGCAGAACAACUCAUCGGCACAAUACCUUGGCUGAUUGUGCAACAUUGUUGUGCCAAUCCUGUUCUCAUGUUUGAGCAGCCCCGAGUCCUAUCAGGGGCGGCCUGGUCAGAGCACUUCGAUGCCUUGGUUGGCUUCCUAGAGCCCGCCCAGCGGAUUCAACGAAUAAGCAUUGCUGGGUCUGCAGUGGAUUUUGACAUCUCAGCCGUUACCGUCUUCUUCACGAGCACCGAAAAUCUCCAAAAUGAAAGGCUGAAAAGCCGGCUAACAUUUGUACAUUUUCCUCCUUUGUCGCCGGAAGCCAAGGCGGAGGCACUCCAUCGAUUUUUGGAAGAAGAAAAGAAAAGGUUUACAAACGAGCUCAACGAGACUUUACUGAACGGGGUGCAUGCACGAUUAAGAGGACUUGUCGAGAGUCUGUCCUCCCGAGAGCUGUGUCAGGAGGCAGGUCUCCGGAGGCUGCUUUGGGUCUUUCGCCACCGGUUGUGGGGGGACGCUUUGAAGGCAGAGCAGCAACGUGCCGGCAAGCCCAAUCGCGACAAAAUCGACGAGAUAGAGAAAAUUUUCCGCGAUGCGGUCGUGGAUACGAUGACCACACAGUUCAGUGAAUCGGGCGAGGUCAAGAUGAAACAGUACUCGAACAGAGUACACAAAGCCAUUACAAAGGGCAUUGCCCAAAGCACAGUGGACCAGAAGCGCUCUGCUAACGUAGCCGCUGAGUUGCGCGCAACAAGAGGUACCCAGCGGCUGCCAAAACUUGCAUGGUUCAACGAGCAACGCGAUCAGAAGCUGGAAAAGCCUGUGGAAGAAGACGUCAUCAUGAGAGCUGUGAUCCAUUCGUCUACUAUCAUCUCGCUAGUCCAUUCACUACACUCCCGUCACAAAGAUUCUUCUGCCUAG